AUGCUCAAACUCUCGGCUUUCGCCGUUUUGUUCUCUCUUCUCCUCAUGGUCCAAGCGGUUCCUCUUGGAAAAAACGAAGGAAAUCAAGGAUCCGCUGCCGCUGCCAAGUUGAUGCCUCAAUUGCUUGACCCGAUCCCCAACAAUCCGGUCGUUCACCAGCCGACCAACUUGGAUGGAUGUGACAUUCAAUGCCCGCCCGGCUCUCAUUGCUUUUUGCGCUGCGGAUGGGGUGGAUGCUCUCCUGAAUGUGUGGAUGGGGUGGCUCAGGAUAAUUUCAAGAGAAACAAUGGAAAUCAAGGAUCCAUUGCCAAGUUGAUGACUCAAGUCGACCCGAUCCCUAACAACCCGGCCGUUCAUCAACCGUCCAACUUGGAUGAUCAAUGUGACAUUGAUUGCCCGCCCGGCUCUCAUUGCUUCUUGCGCUGCGGAUGGGGUGGAUGCUUCCCCGGGUGUGUGGUUGAUAUGGCUAUUUCCAAGGCU